GAACUUGAUUGAACAUGUCACAUUCCCACUGAUUCCUCGUACUGAAGCGGUGCUGCUCUGACCCAUUUUAGGAGUUGGUUCCGGCUUUCUGUUCCGUUUAUCACUCAGAAACAAAGUGAAAACCUUCCGAGGGGAGACCAGGAGCGGACCGGGUCUACCUGCCGUCCUCUCGCCUCGCUUCGUUCGCUGUCUGAGGCUCAGCGGAUCAUCCAGAGACACAGAAGCUGCUUCAUUUAGAAACCACUCGUUCUCUGGAGACCGCAGGGACAGAUUUCCCCUGAGCUGAAAGCCUCUCUGCUGUUGGACUGACGCCACGGCUCCUCGGAGUAACUAUCAGGGUGAGAGCUAGCCUCCGUUGGGUCGGUGUUUUCCCGGGUGAAGCCCCGGGGAUCUCCAGCGGCAUCGGCAGCGGCGGCCAUGGCUGCAGGACGGACAGCUGUCGGGCUGCUCUUCCUGGCGUGUUGGAGCUUCCACCGCGGAGCCUCCUUCAACCUGGAUGUGGAUAAACCCUUCGUGUACUCCGGACCAGAAAGAAGCUACUUUGGCUUUUCAGUGGACUUCUUUAAAUCCCCCACUAACCUAAAAUCUGACGUUCUCAUUGGAGCGCCUCGAGCCAACACGUCGUCCUCCAGCAGUGUGGUGGAGAGGGGAGCGGUGUACAGCUGUCCCUGGAGGAGCUCCUCCAACUGCCAGCAGCUGCAGUUUGACAACACAGAUGACAGGACUAAAGACGGCAAUCAGAUAGAGUUCAAGUCCAAGCAGUGGUUCGGUGCCUCAGUGCGAUCUGAUGGAGAACACAUCCUGGCCUGCGCUCCCCUCUACCAGUGGUCGACCUUCGGCUUCAGUGACCGGGAGCCUGUGGGAACAUGCUACCUGAAGAAGGGCGGGACAGUGGUGGAAUACUCACCCUGCAGAUCCAACUACCACACCCCAGAAGGCCAAGGUUUCUGCCAGGCUGGCUUUAGUGCAGACUUUGUUAAGAAAAACAAAAGAAGAGUGGUUGUGGGAGGACCAGGCAGCUUCUACUGGCAGGGCCAGUUGAUCUCAGAUGAGGUCUCUGAGAUUCUCGCCCGUUUCCAAAACGAAUACGUGACUCAGUACACAAACACACGUUCCACCAAAUCAGCUGGUGCCCAGUAUGACGACAGCUACCUCGGAUACUCUGUGACCGUCGGGGAUUUCAACGAGGAUGGAGAGGAAGAUUACGUGACUGGAGUACCCAGAGGGGACAAGGCACUGGGUUAUGUGAACAUCUUCAACGGGGCCAACAUGGAGUCCAUGAUUAACUUCACCGGCUCUCAGAUGGCCGCCUACUUUGGACAUUCAGUGGCUGCCUCCGAUGUUAAUGGUGAUGGUUUUGUUGAUUUGCUGGUUGGAGCUCCUCUCUUCAUGGACAGAGGCCCAGAUGGGAAACUGAGGGAAGUGGGACAGGUGUCCGUGUACCUCGGUAGAGGCGGCUUCUCGUUUCUUCAGCCUGAGCUGCUGACGGGAUCAGAGGUUUAUGCCAGAUACGGCUCUGCCAUCACAGCAGUGGGGGACCUGGACAAGGAUGGAUACAAUGAUGUGGCCAUCUCUGCUCCCUAUGGAGGCGCAGACAGAAACGGCUUGGUCUACAUCCAUAAUGGCAACGCGUUGGGGCUCAACGCUACAGCUUCUCAGGUCCUGAAGGGUAAGUGGGCGUCCAGCUACAUGCCUGCUAGCUUUGGAUAUUCCAUGACAGGAAAUACCGACAUCGAUCAAAAUGGAUAUCCAGAUUUAAUAGUUGGAGCAUUUGGAGCAGACAAAGCCAUUUUAUACAGAGCUCGUCCAGUAAUCAAUGUGAACGCUACUAUAGAAAUAACCCCCUCCAUCAUCAACUCAGAGGAAAAAUCCUGCACCAUUCCUGGUACCAGCACUGCUGUGUCAUGUUUUAAAGUGAAGUACUGUCUGGCUGCUGGCGGCGUUGGAGCUCCAUCCUCUCUGAGUUUUAGUGUGGACCUCACUCUGGAUCGCCUGAAGCAGAAGGAGGCAACCAAACGCACGCUCUUCCUGUUCAGUCAGAAGUUUCAGUACUCUAAAAAUACGACGGUGAUCAGCAACAAACUCGCCUGUGAGGAGCAGGACGUCUUUUUAAGGGAUGAUCGUGAGUUUCGGGAUAAGAUCACUCCCAUCUCCGUGGUGAUGGACUACAGUCUGGACUACCAGCUGGCUGCAGAUCAAACCGGACUGCUGCCCAUUAUCAAUAACCGGGUGCAGCAAAGCGUCAGCAGGCAGGCUCACAUUCUGCUGGAUUGUGGGGAUGACAACAUCUGUAAACCUGACCUCAGGCUGUCGGUGGAGAGCGACCGUGAACAGAUCUACAUCGGCGAUGACAACGCUCUGACCCUAAAGGUGACCGCUGAGAAUCAGGGCGAAGGGGCCUACGAGGCCGAGCUCUACGUCUACCCCCCUCAGCAGGCCGACUUUACCGGGGUUGUUCGCAGUCAGGCCCUCUCCAGGCUCUCCUGCGCCUACAAGAGGGAGAAUGAGACCAAGAUGGUGGUGUGUGACCUUGGAAACCCCAUGAAGGGAGGCACUAAGAUCGUAGCAGAUUUGAGGUUCAGUGUUCACCAGCUGUCAGAGGAGGAUACUUCAAUCAAGUUUGACCUUCAGAUAGUCAGCUCUAACCAGUUUCAAAACACAAGUCCUCGAGUCUCCAAGGUCACCCAACUGGCUAUCCUCUCCAAAGUCUCCAUCAGAGGGUCAUCGUCUCCCACUCAGGUCCUGCUGCCGAUCGCCAACUGGAAACCAAAGAACCCUCCGGUGGUUGGAGACGACAUCGGACCUCUGAUUGUACACGUUUAUGAGCUGCUGAACAACGGGCCCAGUACAUUCAGCAAGGCUUCACUGUACGUGGACUGGCCCUAUCGCUUUGGGAACGGCUCUCUGCUCUACAUCACCAACUUUGAGACGGAGGGACCCAUCAACUGCACCACAGACAUGGAGAUCAACCCACUCAAUGUCUCCAAUCCGUUGACGACAAAGAAAAACACAACUGUCGUUCCGCCAAGGGAACGAGAGACGGAGGGACGUAAUCCAGUUCGUGUGAGAAAGAGAGACUUGGAGGGCAGAGAAGCACAAAGUGACCUCCAGACACUGGACUGCGGCACAGCAGAAUGUUUGAGGCUGAGAUGUCAGGUCGGUCGUCUGGAGAGGACAAAGAACGCCAUACUGUUCAUCUACUCCCGACUCGACGUCAAUAACUUCCUGAGGGCUGAGAAUCAGAAUCGUUCUUAUUUGGUCCGUUCUACAGCCUCCUUUAAUGUCAUAGAGAUGCCAUAUAAGAAUCUGAAGACAGAGCUGCCGUCCAAUUCUACCACCGUCAGCGUGUCGGUGACAUGGGCUGACACCGCCCAACCAGUACCGGGCUGGGUGGUAGCUCUGGCCGUCCUCGCAGGACUGCUGCUGCUGGGGUUGCUCAUUUUCAUCAUGUACAAGUUGGGUUUCUUCAAGAGAGUACGCCCCCCCCAGGAGGACUGCACCGAGAAGGAGCAGCUCCAGCCGGAGGAGAACGGAAACACAGACGCUUAGAGGCCGAGAUGGAAAACAGAGAGAGAGAGAGUUUGGGAGAGAAGAAUUCAGGGUAAACCAGCCUCAGAGAGAAUCACUGUAAUGACUGUUUGAGGGGCAGAUAACGGUACUUGUUUGACUUCAACCCUUCUUUUGUUAUUUUAUAUUUUUCUUUUGUUGAAUCAUGUUGCAUUUGUGCCAAAAGAGAAGCUGAAAACACUGUUCAUAUAUGAAAUACUGGCUCAAGAUCAUUUCACCUCCACAUUAUGUGUGCAACCUGUAUCCACAACACUGUAGCACUUAUUUGAUUAUUCAGUGUUAAAACCUGUUGUGGUUGAGUUCCCUGCUCCAUCGCUGUGCUCCUUAAAUAUUUGAACUAUGUUUCAAAUAGUCCCAACGUUAUUUGUCCAAAGGCGUGAUGCUUUUUGGAGUGGAGCACACAGGGUUCAUCCCUCCAACACAUUUGCACAUUUCCUCUUUUUUUCCGUUUAGUAGCAAAAUUAAAUGGUUGAUGAGCUGUUUGGAUUGAUGGGUUAGUGGUUCUUUAGUGCAGAGCUGCUGAUGCAUCAAAAAUUUGUCAUUUUUCUGGGUUAUUAUGACUUAUGUGAGCUUAGUUCCAGCUGGAUAGUAAAGCCCAGAGUCAGUGGCUGGAUGGGAGGGAAACAACAGCAGGAAGAAGAAUAAAAGUAGAACCAGUGUGAAUAAUAGUAAGAGCCAGCGCUAACUUCCAUGUUUGAGUGGAGUCAUUUAAUUCAUUAGGACCAAGACCAGCAAUAAAAACAGCAAUAUGAAUACAAACAUUGGAGGUAUCUAAUUUAAGAGGCUUCAAUAUGAAUUAUUUUGUCAAAUAUCACAGCAAUAUUUUUCCUGUUACCUUUUCUGCUUUCUUUUGGUGAAAAGUUUCCAGGGUUUCCUCUCGUGUGUGUAAAUGCAUUUUUGUGCAAUCGGUGAUGGUGAUUACAAUAAUGGGUCCAGCUGUUUUUAGCGCAAUCGAGAAAGAGUUUUUAUUGCAGUUAAUCAAAGCGUUUUCCUUGACGUGUGCAACUGAUCAGUGGUUAAACCCUGAACCCCAGGAGCCUGCUGUGACUGGGCUUAGAGGCAAACCUCAGUAAAAAGAGGAAUUUAGUUAUUUUUAUGUGGAAAAAGUGUUCAGAACUGCAGAUGAGGAAAAACCUAAUUACCAAUUACCCUGUAGAUUAAAUGUUGAUGCGAUAACGGAGGAAAGUCGAUGCACUGCUCUAUAUCUGGGAGUUUAAUAAGAGUUUUGUUGUAUAAUAAAGAAAUAGCAUAAAAAUGUCCAACUAGGAGCAAAUCAGUACCUAUGAAGCUGUGGAUGAUAAGUAAAGUGAUUUAGUUAAACUUCAAUAAUAUAAAAAUAUAUAUGACCUUUUUAUCAUUAUAAAUCAUGCAGCCAAGAAGGGAAGCACAAAAUUGGCUUAAAAAAUAAAAUUUCUUAACUGAGCUUUUUGUAUGAUGAAAAUUGUGCAACAAAGAAACAGUCAUUUUUUUCUUUUUGAUAAGCCCAGAUUUAAUGCAAUAAUAAAUUGAUGACACUUAAAUAAACUCUUUAAAUAUGCAGCUGCUUCUCUAAUGAUUCCAUUGUGCAUCUAUUCCGCUUAAUACUACAAAAUAAAAGCAAUAAGUUUAAUUAUGGCAUUUACUAGUGCUCUGAUAAAACCAGCAGAUGUGAAAGUGUGUGGAAAAAUAUACAAUAAUCCAAACUUUUUAGACAGUUUGUUUGUUAGACACCCAUCUAAUGAACAGUGCAAUUUCAUUUUUAUGUCAAUAUUGACUUUCUUUAUCUCACUCAUUUAAUACAGAGGCCUCUGUCCAAGGUGCUGAACACAAUAAACACAAAAGGUAUAUUAAAUAAUCGGUAGGGUUUAUAGAUCAGAGAUAGAAUGUUUUGUUUUUUUUUACCCCAGCAGUGUUCUCACGUCGAGGGGUUUGAUCAGUGGUCAGUUGUUACUUUCCUGCCAUUUUCUGCACUGAGGCCUUUUUUUGUCCUUUUUUCUUAUUUUUUCCUCAGAUUUUAUACUGGUGAUUGGCAGCUUCACUAUUAGCAUAAAAACUCAGCCGGUUGCUAUUGUAUGUUUAAUGAGUCCAGCAAUGCUUGAGUGUGUGUGUGUGUUUGUAAUGUAUUUAAAAAAAAA